GCGGCAGCUCGCGCGCGCGCCCGGCUCGCACCCGACGCUUCCCCCCUCCCCGAGACCGACCCCCGCCCCGCGGCCCAGGCCGGGGCCCGAAGCCAGCGGGUGCCGCGUCUCCGUCGGGGCCACCGUCACCUUGGACCAGCAUGUUCCAGGCUGCGGGAGCCGCCCAGACCACCCCGUCUCAUGAAGCCAAAGGCAGCGGUGGCAGCAGCACCGUACAGCGCUCCAAGUCCUUCAGCCUGCGGGCCCAGGUGAAGGAGACCUGCGCAGCUUGCCAGAAGACAGUGUACCCCAUGGAGCGGCUGGUGGCCGACAAGCUUGUUUUCCACAACUCUUGCUUCUGCUGCAAGCACUGCCACACCAAGCUCAGCCUGGGCAGCUACGCGGCGCUACAUGGCGAGUUUUACUGCAAACCCCACUUUCAGCAGCUGUUUAAGAGCAAAGGCAACUACGAUGAGGGGUUUGGCCGCAAACAGCACAAGGAGCUCUGGGCCCACAAGGAGGUGGAGCUGGGCACCAAGUCAGCCUGAGCCCCCCUCUGCCCCUCCACUCCCGCGGUGGUAGAGGGCCUGGAGCUGGCCAGCGGGAAGGGUGGGAAAGGGGUUGAUCUGGGCUGGGGGGGACGGGCAGGGUGGGGGACGAGGCAAGGCUUGCUUAGGCUGAGAGUUCCAGGCACAGGGCUCUCGGCUCCAGAAUUCCUUCCUUCUUCCUCAGUGGGUGGGGAUUUGGGGGGGACCAGGAUCGGGUUUGCUGGCCACCCUGCCUCCUGCUAUCCUCCACCCUCCCCACCCUACCUGUGGUCCCCUGGGAGGCCAAGCCCAGCUUCCCUAUCUAGGUGCCUUUUCUCCAGCAAGGAGUCCGCAUGCUACCCCCCUCAGGGUCCCGAGCUCCCUCACUGCCACCUGGGCCUAGUGCGGGCCCCAUGUCUACCCGUCUACCUCUGCCCUUAGCCUGGUCCUGAGCCACAGAGACUGGGAGGAGAGCGAGAGUGCCACCUGCUGGGCAUCACGGAGGCCACCGAGGUGGUGGGGGAGGGGAGGGGGAAGUGACAAAGCAGGGCCCGCUGCCUUGGGACUCCCAUGCACCACGAAGCUCAAGCCACCAGGCUAGAGCCUCAGUGACCAGCAGGGGAAUUGUUCCCCACAUCUUCUCCAUUGUUUUGGCCAUUCUGACUGUUGUGAUCAACCCUGUUUUAAACAUGUUUAAACAGA